AGAACGAGGGGGAAGAUGAAACAGAGAUGGAAGUUGAAGAAGGACAGCAGAGAAGCCAAGAAACCAAACAUCAUCAAUUUUGACACCAGUCUGCCCACAUCGCACACGUACCUGGGGGCCGACAUGGAGGAGUUCCACGGCAGGACGCUGCACGACGACCACAGCUGCCAGGUGAUCCCGGUGCUGCCGCAGGUGGUGAUGAUCCUCAUUCCGGGGCAGACACUGCCUCUGCAGCUCUUCAGCCCUCAGGAGGUCAGCAUGGUGCGGAACUUAAUUCAGAAAGACAGGACCUUCGCGGUUCUGGCCUACAGUAAUGCCCAGGAGAGGGAAGCGCAGUUUGGAACCACAGCGGAGAUCUACGCCUACCGGGAGGAGCAGGACUUUGGGAUCGAGGUGGUGAAAGUGAAAGCGGUUGGAAGACAGAGGUUCAAAGUCCUGGAGCUGAGGACGCAGUCGGAUGGAAUCCAGCAGGCGAAGGUGCAGAUCCUGCCCGAGUGCGUGCUGCCUUCCACCAUGUCCGCAGUGCAGCUCGAGUCCCUCAACAAGUGCCGGAUGGUCCCCGCCAAGCCUGGCUCCCAGGAGGACCGCUCCUCGCUCAAGUGGUGGCAGAAGUACCAGAAGAGAAAGUUUCACUGUGCGAAUCUGACCUCGUGGCCUCGCUGGCUGUACUCCCUGUAUGACGCUGAAACAUUAAUGGACAGAAUCAAGAAGCAGCUGCGUGAGUGGGACGAAAACCUGAAGGACGAAUCCCUUCCUUCGAAUCCAAUAGACUUUUCUUACAGAGUCGCUGCUUGUCUUCCCAUUGAUGACGCACUGAGGAUUCAGCUCCUGAAGAUCGGCAGUGCCGUCCAGCGGCUUCGCUGUGAGCUGGACAUCAUGAACAAGUGUACGUCUCUGUGCUGUAAACAGUGUCAAGAAACAGAAAUCACCACCAAAAAUGAAAUAUUCAGUUUGUCCCUGUGCGGGCCCAUGGCCGCCUAUGUGAACCCCCAUGGGUACGUGCAUGAGACGCUGACCGUGUACAAGGCCUCCAACCUGAACCUGAUCGGCCGGCCGUCCACACAGCACAGCUGGUUUCCUGGGUUUGCCUGGACAGUCGCCCAGUGUAAGGUCUGUGCGAGCCACAUCGGAUGGAAAUUCACAGCCACCAAAAAAGACAUGCUACCUCAGAUAUUCUGGGGUCUGACGCGAUCUGCUCUGCUGCCCACGAUUCCAGACACCGAGGACGAGAUCAGCCCUGACAAAGUUGUGCUGUGCUUGUAGAUAUGGUAGGGAUCCAGUUAGUUAACGAGCUGGUGUUCCAAGGCCAGGUCUGCUCUGGGAAUCCUGCUGCUGAUGCAAACCCAGUACAAAGCCACGUCACAGGGAAGGUUGCUGCCUCUUAGCCACAUGGUUUUGAAGGUUUGGACUAAACUACACCAUUGAAGGGGUGAGAAAACAGCCUGACGACUUGGUUUCAGGAACACCUUGUGCAGCUCGGUGCUGAAUCCUGUGGGAGCCGGCGUCUGGUAGCAGGUCACUGAUGGGACAGGAGGACGUCUCUGAGAGUGAGAAGACUGCCUCCUGCACAGAGCACGUGUGACGAGAGGCUGGCCUUUGGAGGCCUUGGUGCAGAGCACGCCUGUGUCCGCACUCCUGGGGGCCGCGGUGCCGCAGCCAGGCUCCAGGCUCCAGUAUCUGUUCCCGUCUGAGGGCAAGGCCAUGGAUAGCAUUCUAAAGCCCAUUUAAAAGGCUCUGUACUUAUUUGUAAAUUCUGAAAAUAUUUGUUAAAAUACUCAGUUUGAGCCCCAAAUGGUUUUCAUUGUCUUAUGUGUGUUAGUUAAAAAAACCCCUAGUAUUCUGUGUACUUGCUCAGUGUUCAUUUGAACUAGGACACUGGUUAUUCUGCUCCAACUAUAAUUGGAACCUAAACUAAGGAGCAGAGACGCCAAAGUAUGUCCCCCCUAGCAGAGGCCAGAAGUGAGAUACUGUCCUUUCAGGCUGUUUUGUUCAGUGUAAACUGAAGAAAAUCUGUAAGUAAACGUUAAGAGCAAAACUAAA